AUGGGUGGAGUGGAGUUUGAAGGCACUGUUGAUCCCACUGAUGCUGAACAAUGGCUUGAUCGCAUGGAGAGGGUAUUUGAGCAGUUAGAGUGCUCAGAUGUUGCAAAAUUUAAGUAUGCUAUUUCAUUAUUACAAAAGGAUGCUUACGAUUGGUGGGUAAGUGUUCUGAAUGCCAAGGUAAAACCUCCUAUUCUUACUUGGGAUGAUUUUCUUAAGGAAUUUCGUAUGAAGUAUGUUCCACCUGCUUAUUGUGAUGCAAAGAAAAAAGAGGUUUUGAAUCUAAGGCAACGAGGCAUGUCUAUUGUUGAAUACGAACAAAAGUUUCUAAGGCUCUCUCGCUAUGCUAGUGGUAUUAUUAAAGAGGAAAAAGACAAGUGCAGGAAAGUUGAAGACGGUUUAAAUGAUUCCAUUAGGAAGAAUGUGGCAAUCCUGCAACAUGAGAAAUUUUCUAAGUUAGUGUCUGUUGCUUUUACUUGGGAACGACUUGAUAAAGAAGAAACUAGUAGAAAUGAAAACAGAUUCCGAAAGCCUAGACCAGAUUUUAGGGGUCCAUCCAAAAGGGGAAGGUUUGAUAAUUCUAAGGUUGGCAGUGAUAACAGGCCACCUCAACAAAGGCAAAAUAGAUCCGAAUUUUCUACAGCUAGCACUCCAAAUUAUGGCCAAGGCAAGCCUUGUGUUCCCACUUGUCCACAAUGUGCAAAGAAUCAUUAUGGUACUUGCAGGAGAGCUUCUGGUGCAUGUUUCAAUUGUGGGAGCUUUGAUCAUAAAGUGAACGAUUGCCCUAAUUCUAAUAAUGCUCCAUCGUUGAGAACUGAAGGCUCAGUUCAUAAGCCUUCUUCCAAUCCUCCUCAAAUUAAUAUUGAUGCAAGACCUAAAAACACCUAG